GCUACAUAUGAUUGGUUGUAGAACCACCUUCUUUUACAAGCCAACUACUUUCCCCGAGAGGCUCACUUUUUGUGUUUACUAUUGUUUCUUUCUCCUGUCAUCGCCGUAAUGGACAGUCUUCUUUCGGCAAUCUUCUCUUCGGAAGAGAACGAGCAGUGUGUGUUGGACUGCAUGGCUUACGUCAUGCUUCUAAUGGCAGCCUGCACAUUUGUGGCUUUGCUUUCUCAGAGCGUGCCGUACGGACGAUACUCCACAGGCAAGAGGUUUCCAGUCAAUGCGAAGUUUGCUUGGUUCGUGCAGGAGCUGCCUGCCUUCCUGCUGCCGGUGUGUCUGCUGCUGUGGACAUCUUCUGCCAGAACAUCUCUGCUCGCCAAUCAGCUCCUCAUUGCCAUGUAUUUGUGCCACUAUGCACAGAGAUCACUGAUUUAUCCAUUCUUCAUACGUGGAGGUAAACCAACACCGUUGGUGUCCUUUGUCCUGGCGACCAUGUUCUGCACUUUCAACGGCUUCAUGCAGAUCAGAUAUCUGAGUCACUACGCACACUAUCCUGCAGACUGGAUCACUCGACCCUGCUUCCUAGCAGGAUGUGUCCUAUGGUUGAUUGGCUGGCUGAUGAAUCUGCACUCUGACCACAUCCUGAGGACCCUGAGGGCCCCUGGAGAGAGCCACUAUAAGAUCCCUCAAGGCGGAAUGUUUGAGUACGUGUCUGGAGCCAACUUCCUAGGAGAGAUACUGGAGUGGGCCGGCUUUGCUCUGGCGGGCCAAUCAGUGCACAGCGCCGCCUUCGCCGUCUUCACCGCAGUGGUCCUCAGGAGCAGGGCUGUGGACCACCACAGGAAGUGAAAAAUCCUGUCUUUACUGCCACCUUCAGGACUGGAACAGAACUUCAUUGAGGGCAACAUAAGAUCUUUUUAAAGUCUUUUUACAUGUUUUGUGUGUGUUUUUCUUAUUCAAACCAUUGUGUUAUUAUGCAUGCAGAACUUCUCACAUGGAAUAUUUGAUUUAGUGUGCAAAGCAGACUUUUCUUGUGUUUUUUUGUACAUCAACUACAGUAUCUCAACACCUUUUUGAGUGGAAAACAUGAGUCAAAGGCCUCAGAUUCAUAUUUUUGCAUGUGACCUGGUCAUGUGACGAGCGCAAAAGUGUAACUGUACCUCCAACUUGAAACUUUAGUAGCCUUUUUUCAACCUCCUAACUCAGCCGUGCCUGACAUGAACGACGUGCCCUGAACGCAUCACUCAUUGUGAAUGUUUGAAUGCCAUCAAAGUGAUGUACAGUACUAUAUAUAUAUAUAUAUAUAUAUAUAUA